CUCCCUUCCCCACUGUAAUGAAAAAGCUGAAACCGUUUCCAAGAUCUCUCCAUUUCCUCACUCUACGACUCCUCCGGGCUCCGUGUGCGGUUUCUUUCUUUAGAUUUCAGAUCAAGAAAGAAGAUGAUGGUGGAGAAAGAGAAAGAAGAUUUAGCUUUGAGCUUGAGCUUGAGUACAACUGCGGAUCAUAAUCGAAAUCCGUUGCAGCUGAAUCUCAUGCUUUCCUCUGUUUCUUCUUCGACUCCUUCCCCGUUCAUGCUUCAGAAGAACUCCUGGAAUGAGCCGUUCGCGUCUUCAGAUCGCAACUUAGAGAUCUUCAGGGGCGAGACAAGAUCGUUCCUUAAAGGAAUUGAUGUGAACCGAUUGCCAUCAACCGCGGACUGCGAAGAAGAAGCCGGAGUCUCCUCUCCGAACAGCACGAUAUCUAGCGUGAGCGGAAAGCGAAGUGAGAGGGAUAUAAACGGAGAAGAGCUUGAGAUUGAAAGAGCCUGUUCGCGUGGAAUCAGUGACGAAGAAGACGGCGACGGGUCUAGGAAGAAACUCAGACUUUCCAAGGAUCAAUCGGCUAUUCUUGAAGAAAGUUUCAAAGAACACAACACUCUCAACCCCAAGCAAAAGCUGGCGUUGGCGAAGCAACUAAACCUUCGACCUCGACAGGUGGAAGUUUGGUUCCAGAACAGGAGAGCAAGGACGAAGUUGAAGCAGACUGAGGUGGACUGUGAGUUCUUGAAGAGAUGCUGUGAGAACUUAACAGAGGAGAACAGGAGGUUACAGAAGGAGGUUCAGGAGCUAAGAGCACUUAAACUAUCCCCGCAGUUCUACAUGCACAUGACCCCACCAACGACCCUCACAAUGUGCCCUUCAUGCGAGCGCGUCGCCGUCUCAUCGACAUCCUCUGCAUCUGCCGCCGCUGCUGCUGCUGCUGCUGCGGGAGCAACCGCGCCAUCGACGCCACUCACCGCUAUGCGAUUGCUCCGCUCCACCAUCCCCAUCAACCCACAAGCUUCAUCUCCGAUCCCUCCGCUCCUCAAUCGUAAUUAAUUUCCAAGGUGAGGAAGGUCAUUUCAAUCAUUAAUGAUUCCAUCCUCAGGUCAGGUGGUUUAGCCGUGGGGGGUUGGGAGUUGGGGAUAUUGUACGGAGAGGAGGAAGCAGUUUUAUUCGCGCACUCGCUCUUUGACUAAGAAAAGAAGAUUCUGUUGUUGGGAAAAAGUGGUGUAGUAGGGGUUUGGUAAACUGUUAAUUAAGAGUUUAUAGCAUAUGAUUAUAUAUACUUAUGAUUCGGUCGUCCCCUUCUCUAGUCAUUCUAUGGUUUAUUGUCGCUUAGGUUGUUUAGUUGUUCUAAUUUAUCUGGAUGAGAGAGAGAGAGAGGUGGGGUAGGGUAGGGAUAUGUCAAAGGUCAAAAUUUCCGUUGAUAAUUUGCUGCAUUUGUAAAGUUGAUCUAAUACAAUUUUUGUUUUCUAAUGCAAAAUGUUAAAUAAUAUGUGUUCUGUAAUGGUUACUAUGAUUA